GUGUAGUGUACAAAACGGCAGCAAACGGCAAGCAACCGGAGCGUACGAGCCGCGUAAGGAUGUUCUCCAGCAGUGGACGGAUAUUGAAGCGGCUUGCGGUACUCGAUUUUGAUCACACCGUCUGCGAACACAACACGGACAUAGUGGUGCGCGAUCUGCUCGGUCCCGGGGGCGUUCCACCGGAUGUGCAAAGCAUACUUCGCUCGUGCGGCUGGAUCCCGUACAUGCAGCGUAUCUUUCGGCUGCUGCACCAGCACGGAUACAAACCGAUGGACAUAGCCUCAGCAAUACGCGGUAUACCGGAGGUACCGGGCAUGAAGUCCUGUAUCGGUAAUCUGGUACGGCAUGGGUUCGAUGUGAUCAUAAUAAGCGACUCCAACUCGGAGUUUAUACGCCUGUGGAACGAUUUCAAUGACAUCGGUCCGUACAUACACACAGUGUUCACAAAUCCGGCCCGGUUCGAUAGCAACGGGCUGCUGGAGCUGAAACCGUACCACUUCCAGACGGAGUGUUCGCUCAGCUCGAAGAAUCUUUGCAAGGGAAAGAUUUUGAGCGAAUUUUUACGCCGCCAGCACGACGAACGGCAGAUAGAGUACGAGAAGGUGUUUUACGCGGGAGAUGGCAAAAACGAUGUCUGUCCGAUGCUGCGGCUCGGUAGCAACGGGUACGCCUGUGCGAGACGUGGCUACACGUGCCACGAUGCGCUACAGAAUGCAAUCGGCAAGCUGGAACAUCCGUACGUCGCCAAGAUACUGCAGUGGACGGAUGGGCACGAGCUGAAUGACCUCAUAUGGACUGAACUGGAGGACUGA